CUUGUACGAACGAGACCGAUGAAGUUGGCUAUCGUCGUCUCCGCCCUCGUCGCAUCGACGGCCGCCAAGAUCACGAGCUCAGCGCUGCGCCAACUCGAAGCCGACAACACGUUCCAGGCGUUUGUGACCUUUGCCAAGGACACCUCCAAGCUCGAGAGCCUCGAGCUCGUGGGUGCGACCGCCGAAGAACGCCGCGAAAGCGUGUACCAAUCCUCUUCAGCCGUCGCCGCCAAGCGCCAAGCGCUCCUCGAGCAAGUCCUCGGCACGGGCCACAAGAUUCGGUCGCUCUGGAUCUCGGAAGUCACGAUCAUCGACAACGUCGACAAGGCGCUUGCCGCCAAGAUCGCGGCCAUCGAGGGUGUCGUCAAGGUCGACGUCGUCAAGGAAAUCGCGCUCUCGCCCGUCGUGACCAAGGACGACGACUCGGCCAACGCCAAUGCCAACGCCCGCCCCACCGGCAUCCAGUGGGGUGUCACGACGAUCGGCGCGCCGGACAUUUGGAAGCACACGCGGGGGGCUGGUGUCGUUGUUGGCUCGAUCGACACGGGCGCGCGCCACACGCACGAAGCCAUCAAGUCCAAGUGGCGCGCCGACCGUGGUUGGUUUGAUCCGUACAACACGUCUACGGUGCCCGAAGAUCUCAACGGCCACGGUACCCACACGAUCGGUACCAUGGUUGGCGACUACGGCCUCGGUGUUGCGCCGGACGCGCAGUGGAUUGCGUGCCGCGGUCUCUACAACCGCGUCGGCACGAACGCGGCGCUGCUCGAGUGCGCGCAGUUUAUGAUCUGCCCCACCGAGACGGACGGCAACAAGCCCGACUGCAAGAAGGGCGCCAACGUCAUCAACAACUCGUGGGGCGGCGCGACGACGACGGACCCGUGGUUCCAAGACAUGAUCGACGCGUGGCACAAGGCCGGCAUCACGCCCAUCUUUGCCAACGGCAACGACGGCCCCGCCUGCGCGACGGCCGGCAACCCGGCCAACUACCCCAACCUGAUCGCGGUCGGCGCGAUUGGGUCGCACUCGAACGAACCGACGAAGCUCGCGUACUUUUCGUCCAAGGGUCCGGCCAAGUACGUCGACAACAUGGGCCAGUCGCACACGAUCGUCAAGCCCGAUAUCUCGGCGCCCGGCUUCUAUACGUACUCGUCGUACAAGGGUUCGGACACCGACUACCAGUUCUCGGCUGGCACGUCGAUGGCCGCGCCGCACGUUGCUGGCGUCGUCGCCUUGAUGAAGUCGGUGCAGAAGGAUCUGACGUACGACGAAAUCUACCACGCUCUCACGACGACAACGGACCAGUCCAUGAUGGAGGUCGAGCCGUCGGCGUGGCGCCUCCCGAAGAACGUGACGCUCCCGGCCGCGCCCAACUGCGCCGGUGUCGACGACACGGCGUGGCCUAACAACCGGUAUGGCUAUGGUCGCGUCAACGUGGCCAAAAUUCUCAAGGACGGCAAGCUCCCAGUGCCGCCGCCGGCUCCGACGUCCGCGCCCGUGCAGACCGCCGACACCAUCUCGCUCUGCAACUACAAGCACAGCGUCCUUUCCGAGUGGAACGGCCAGCUCUUUGUCGACACGGAGAAGAAGAACUUCAACGAAAAGUUCUGGUACAACUUUGACGACAAGUCGAUCCAGUCCCAGAGCAACAACGAGACGUGCCUUGAUGUCUACCAGGACGUUCAGGGCAAGAACCAGGUGCGCUUGCAUCCGUGCACGGGCGGCUCGGCGCAGAAGUGGGGCUUUGAGCCCAACUCGCACAGCCUCCGCCACUUGACGGUGCGCAACCUCUGCCUCGAGUCCGCGCACGCCGCGCCCGGCGCUGCGCCGUUCGUCGCCGAGUGCACGGGGGGUGUCAGCCAGUGGUUCACCAAGUGCGAAGAGGCGCCGGCUGCCAAGAGCUACGUCAAGCUCACCACCAAGGACAAGAAGGCCAUCUCCGAGUUCUACUCUGGCGUCUACGCCAACUGGGCCUCGGACAGCAUCAACGAGCUCUUUACGUACGACAACAGCGCCAAGACCCUCCAGGCCGCCAGCAACGGCGAGUGCCUCGACGCCUUCCGCGACGGCGACAAGUUUGGUCUCCACACGUACGCCUGUGACGCUACCAACAGCAACCAGAAGUGGAUCAUCGACGCCGCUGACCACAAGAUCAAGCACGCGACGCACACCAACUUGUGCUUGGACGUCGACCCGACCAACCCGACGCACGCGGUGCAGGUGUGGGAGUGCCACAACCCCAACACUAACCAGUGGAUCGAUGCGAUUGCCUUCUAA